GAACGCGUCUGCUACUCGUCCAGCUUUUCAGUGAAGCCGUGUGUGCGGUUUGUGUAUGGUGAUUUAGAACUUUUUCCGACACUAGAAUUCUCCUCCAAUUCGCGAGAUGAAUGAUACCUCAACGAAUAACGAACAGAAGGAGAACGUGCCCGCAGUCCUGCAAACUAAACACCCCCUCCAGAACACCUGGUCGUUCUGGUUCUUUAAAAACGACAAAACUAAGGCUUGGGACAAGAAUCUUCUGAAGAUCACUUCGUUUUCGACGGUUGAAGACUUCUGGGCGCUGUACAAUCACAUCGAGCUCGUCUCUCACAUUCCGCAAGGAUGCGAUUAUUGUGUGUUCAAAGAUGGGAUCAAACCCAUGUGGGAAGACUCCGCUAACGUGAAUGGUGGCAGGUGGCUGAUCUCUCUGAACAGGCAGGCUAGAACUCAAGAGUUAGAUAACUCCUGGCUAGAGCUUCUACUUCUGCUUAUCGGAGAGGGUUUCGAAGAAAAUUGCGACGCUAUCUGCGGCGCUGUCGUCAACGUGAGACCCAAGGCGGACAAGAUUUCAUUGUGGACCGCUGACGCAAACUCCAAGGAUCAGUGCCUCGCAAUUGGUCGAAUUAUGAAACAGCGACUCCACCUCAAUGCUCAAACUCUCGUUUGCUACAACUCACACGCGGAAACCUCUCACAAACAAUCCUCGAUGACGAAGCCUAAAUAUACAGUUUAAAUCAAUUUGUGGCUGUAGGAAGCUUGGGACGCGCUCUGAUAUACGCCAGUUUCGAACUUUAUUUAUUCAUCUCUAACAUCCAAUGUCCGAUCGCUGCUGUUCGGCAGACCGUGGAUGUACCAACACAAGCUGCUACAAGGCCAAGGAAACUUUACCAACGACACCGACCAACUUUAGACAAUGAGCCUGCUCGUCUAGCGAAUGCAAAGGGAAUGCAGAGCAGAAAUUACAACGAAAAUUGGACCUAUCUAAAGGCCAUUCGGAAUAAGAAACAAUAACAUCAAUAAAGCAGCGAACUCAUUCAUCUUAAAA